ACGUCCACACGUCGCGGUAGCUGCGAUGACGACGGGAUUCCACAGUGGGACGGGCCGAUUCUGCAAAUGGCUACGAGGUGCGAUUUGUCAAUUUAUUCGUCGUUAAUCUUCUCUCCUGCGGCUCGGAAGAAAGCGUACACCCGCUCUGCCUUGCAGGCUGCCCCCAGGUUUCAAUGUCAUAACACUGAGUGACGCCAGCAGUGUGGGAACGUCCAAAACAAACCUCACCUCAUUGCUUUUAGGAGUUUGACUGACGUCUGCAAGAGAGAGCGAACGAGUGGUAGAAGACACGACAGUGUUGCACCCGCACUCCUUCACCGGGGCUAUGGAGGAGGAGGGGCAGCAGAGUCUGGAGUGCAUCCAGGCCAAUCAGAUCUUCCCUCGCAAGCCCCCUGUCCUGGACGAUGAUGAUCUUCAGGUGCCCUUUCCAGAGCUGCAUGGAGAGUAUACAAAGUAUGUGGGCAGGGCGGAGGAUGCCAUCAUCGCCAUGUCCAGCUACCGCCUGCACAUCAAGUUCAAGGAGUCAUUAGUUAAUGUUCCCCUGCAGCUGAUAGAAAGUGUAGAAUGUCGGGACAUGUUCCAAAUGCACAUCACCUGCAAAGACUGCAAGGUCAUCAGGUGUCAGUUUUCCACGUUUGAGCAGUGUCAGGAGUGGCAGAAGAGGCUAAACGUGGCGGUCCGUCCCCCGUCCCAGAUAGAGGAGCUCUUUUCCUUCGCCUUCCACGCGUGGUGCGUGGAGAAGGAGCAGCAUGGGGAUCUGUGUAGGCCAGGUGAUCAUGUGAUGUCACGUUUCCAAAACGAGGUGGAGCGGAUGGGCUUCGACACUCAGAACGCCUGGAGAGUGUCUGAGAUCAACAACAAGUACAAGUUGUGCUCCAGCUACCCUCAACUGCUGCUGGUGCCAGCCUGGAUUACUGAUAAGGAGCUGGAGAAUGUGGCGGCCUUUCGCUCCUGGAAGAGGAUUCCGGCCGUGGUUUACAGGCACCAGAGCACAGGGGCAGUGAUCGCUCGCUGUGGUCAGCCAGAGGUCAGCUGGUGGGGCUGGAGGAACGCAGACGAUGAGCACCUGGUGCAGUCCAUCGCCAGAGCCUGUGCCGUGGACAGCAGCUCCUGUAAAGGCGUUUCUAACGGCUCCUUCUCUCGCGAGUACACUAACGGAGCUGACCUCUCAGAUGUGGAUUUCGACUCAUCCAUGACUAACAGCUCAGAGGUGGAGACACUGGCCAUCCAACCUCGAAAGCUUUUGAUCCUGGACGCCAGGUCAUACGCCGCUGCCGUAGCCAACAGAGCCAAAGGAGGAGGGUGUGAAUGCCCAGAGUACUACCCUAACUGUGAGGUGGUGUUUAUGGGUAUGGCCAACAUCCAUUCCAUCCGCAAGAGUUUCCAGUCUCUGCGCUUCCUCUGCACCCAGAUGCCUGAUCCAGCAAACUGGCUGUCUGCUCUGGAGAGCACAAAGUGGCUGCAGCAUCUGUCCCUCCUCCUCAAGGCGUCUCUCCUCGUUGUGAACGCCGUGGACCGCGACCACAGGCCCGUACUGGUGCACUGCUCAGACGGCUGGGAUCGCACCCCUCAGAUAGCAGCGUUGGCCAAAGUCCUGCUGGAUCCAUACUACCGCACCAUUGAGGGUUUUCAGGUGCUGGUUGAGACCGAGUGGUUGGACUUCGGUCACAAGUUUGCAGACCGCUGUGGUCACGGAGAGAACGCGGAGGACUUGAACGAGAGAUGUCCUGUCUUCCUUCAGUGGUUAGACUGUGUGCACCAGCUCCAGAGACAAUUCCCAUGUUCCUUUGAGUUCAACGAAGCCUUUCUGGUGAAGCUGGUGCAGCACACGUACUCGUGUCUGUUCGGGACGUUCCUGUGUAACAGCGGGAAGGAGAGAGAGGACAGACACAUCCAGGAAAGAACCUGCUCCGUUUGGUCUCUCCUCAGAGCCGCUAAUCGCUCCUUCAGAAACAUGCUGUACUCCUCUCAUUCAGAGACUGUGCUUCAUCCCGUGUGUCACGUGCGCAAUCUCAUGUUAUGGACAGCAGUUUACCUACCCAGCUCUUCACCCACAACCCCUUCAGAUGACUCCUGUGCCCCCUACCCUGCACCUGGUGCCAACCCUGAGGACCAGCCCCUCGGCAGGCGUCCUAAAACACGCUCGUUCGAUAACCUGCCCAGCGCUUGUGAAGUCGGAAACCCGCUGACCUCCAAUCGACGUUCCAGCGACCCCAGUUUGAAUGAAAAAUGGCAGGACCAUCGCAGGUCUCUGGAGCUCAACAUCGGGACAGGAGCUGAUGGUGCAGCAUCUCCAGACUCAGAUGAGAGGGUCAACGGACAAACCGUAGUGGGGAUUAUGGGAACACUGCCCAAUGGGGACACGGAGAAUGGGGAGGGGCUAGGGGAUGUCAGGUUGCCAAUGAUGGAGGGCGUUGACGAGGCGGAGCUGACAGUUGGUGUGGCUGCGGGCCAAAUGGAGAACAUUCUCCAGGAAGCUACAAAAGACGAAUCUGCACCAGAUAACCGCAGAGACACGAAGACAGACCACACUAAUGAAACCUCCGCUGUAAACGGCCAGAGUGAUGAUGUUGCACAUUCAGAAGAGGGUAGGGAAGAGGCACAACUAACUGCUGAUGCUCAGGAGAGCAAAGCUAAAAACCUUGGAGAUGCAAAUGUCAAUGGACAUUUGUCAGAAGAUGGUAGUUCUGACGCAUCUCCCGCUCUCAGCCAGGAAAACUCGGGAAGCCAAGACUUGGAAGAAGCAGUAGAGAAGUGCACGAUACAAGAACACAAUCCUAGUAACACAAAUAAUAUCCCUCCCAAUGGCCUUAGGACUGUGAGUAAUGGCCAUAGAGUUGAGAAACAGCAAGGGCGAGAAACCGUCGAGCAGGAGAAACGUCUUUCUCUGUUGGAGAGCUCCACAGAGACGCUUACAGAGGACUUGGGCGUUCGCCCUGAAAGUCUGAGACCUUUAACUAUUCCACCUCCUCUUAAAACCCUCGCCGAAUCGUCGUGCCUCAAACAGGGUCUGCGCGCCUCAACCGACCCCAGGACUUUAAACAACAUCCCCAAACGGCCGUCUCUUAGUGCCUUUCCUCCCUCCACUGACCUCCUCCACCCCGUGUGCAACGGAGACUCUCCCGACCCUGAGCCCUCCACGCCGCAAUGGGCGGCACGCACAAACGGGGAACGGGCCACGCUUAGCCGCCAGGUGUCGGUCGCCAGCUGCGGCUCGCUGACCCUCCACGCACGGGGCGCCUGCUCCCACCAUCGCUGCCUGCACUUGGGGUUUCUGGGCCGGCCGAGCUUCAGCCCCCCGGAACCCCGUUCAGCCCGGAGCCAUCUGGAUGAUGACGGGUUGACCCUGCACACGGACGCCGUUCAGCAGCGCCUGCGGCAGAUCGAGGCCGGUCACCAGCUGGAGGUGGAAGCGCUGAAGAGGCAGGUACAGGAGCUCUGGAGCCGUCUGGAGAGCCACCAGGCUGCCGGGAUGCUGCGACUCAAUGGAGACAUGGGUGAUGAAGUGACCUCAAUCGCAGACUCCGACUUCAAUCUGGAGCCCAAUUGUCUGUCACGCUGCAGCACUGAACUCUUCUCUGAAGCCAGCUGGGAGCAGGUGGACAAGCAGGAUACUGAGGUGACCCGGUGGUACCCGGACCAUCUGGCUGCUCAGUGCUACGGCUGUGAGAGAGGAUUCUGGCUGGCCACUAGAAAGCACCACUGCAGGAACUGCGGGAAUGUGUUCUGUGCCAGCUGUUGCGAUCAGAAGAUCCCGGUGCCAAGCCAGCAGUUGUUUGAGCCCAGUCGCGUGUGCAAGUCGUGUUACAGCAGCCUGCAGGCUCCGCCGCCUCUCAGCAUGGAGCUGGACAAACCCAUAACGGCCAGCUCCAACUGAUCCCAGACCGGACAACCGCCGCGGACGCACGGCCCCAGACCGAGACGCUCCAGAGAGACUGUCCUGCGGAGGCGAAGACGCUUCUUUCCCACCCGAAAGGGAAUCAUGUACAUAAGGAACGAUGAGGAGAGGAGGCUUAGCACUUUCAGAAGAGACAGGGUGCGAUCGAGAGCUCGUCUUCAUUUGCGAUGAAACUUGUCCUGUACCUGCUGCAUUGAGGGAAGGAUUUGUCCGACGGCGUGCAAAAGUAGGAUUUCUUCCCUCGUCAUCUCACAAAGAUAGAUUAUCAACUGAUGUUCCUGAGAAAGGUGCUUCUGGGACGAGACCGCAAGAUCCUAGCUUUGUUUUUGAGUUCUCAUCUCUUUCAAACUGCUUCGCAGGCUUUUUGUUUUCUUUUCGAGGUGAUUCUGGAUGCCACAGCGUUCGGGCUUCUCUUUGGGGUUGGAACGCAUCGAAUUACAAACUCUCGUUUAGUUUCUUUCUCAAAUAGAAAACAUUCACCCUCUGGCUAAUAUUGACUGUAUAGUGACGGGCCGCUAGAUGGCGCUCUUGUUUUUCUGAUCCGCUGUGUGGACGUUGGCCGACGUUCUCACUAGUGCAUUUUUUUUUUUGUAACAUACAUGCGAGACAAAUGAGAUAAUAUAUUAGAAUGAUAUAAGAAUGAGACAUAUAGCAUUUAAGAUGAGAAAUUGUAUAGAAUUCUUGAAUAGUGGCUCACUAAAUUAGUCACCAAAUAUAAGUUGUGUUGUUUUUCCCCAGCUGUAGCCAUUUGGGGGUUUUCUUUUUAAUGUAUUUCUUAUGUUUCUCCCAGCGAUGCUGAACAGAAUUGAGAUGAUGUAUGUGGAGACAGAUGUCGUACGUGAUAUGCUGCAGUAGGGCCCUGGAUGCUGUUUAUUUUUUUUCCCCCCAAACGCUUAUUUAUUAUCAAGUUUAUUUAGUUUGACUAAAUACAUGUUCAAUCCAGACAAUUGCUACACCACAGGAUAAUCAGUGUUGAUGGGUUUAAGAUGCGUUUGCACUGAACAUGAAGCCCCUUCCACACACACACAUGAUGCACAAGUCACAAUCAGAGUUUUUCUUUCACCCAUUUUAUUUGCUUUUUUGGAAGUUCAUUUUGACAAUUCCCUCAAUUAGGAAUUCACCCAAUAGUACGUUUUUUUUGUUUACUCACCCUCAGCACUGGUCAGCUAUUUUUAUUUCCAUCUCAAAAUGGAUUUUGGAAGCUCUUUAUGCAAGUUUGGUGGUGUUGCUUUUCUUUUUGAAGCUUGAUAGAUGUGAUCACUAUGAAAAAGAGCUCCAGAAAUCCUUGACAAGAGGGUGAGUAAAUAACGAGCGUUUUCAUUUUUGCGGUGAGCUAUUCCUCGACAUGGGUCUCGCCAUCGACGUGAGGGUUUGGUGCCGUGAUGAUGGGCGUUAAUUCCUAAAGCUGAUGACAUCUGCGCCUCUCUGCAGAGAGUUUUCAGUGUCGGACGACGGGACGGCUUUCACAUUAACGCCAAUCCAUGAAUGUGAAUUUUUUUUUGUUUUCCAGAAAGAGUAAAUUCCAUGGGUUUAUAUUUUGCACAUUGGUAAUCAUCAGAAAUACACUGUCGCAGAUUUCUGUAAGAAUAAAACAAAGUGGAAUUCCAA